UAGUUACCGUUGGAUUUAUGUUCUGUGGGGUCUCGGCCUGAGUCUUGAAAACCAAAUCAAUCUUGUGGGCUGGGUUCCAAAAACGACAUCGUUCACAAAAGACAAACCAAAUUGCGGGCACUUUCUCGCAGGCAAUCGCGCAGAAGUACGGAGAAUGAGGAAGUGAAAACGAAGGAAGGAGAUGGCGGCGGCAACGUUUAGGUGGUUACUCCAAUUCCACAGGGACGUUCCCAAGGCCGCAAAGUUCUACUCACAAGGGCUCGACUUCUCCGUGAACGUCUGCACUCUUCGGUGGGCCGAGCUCGAGUCUGGUCCUCUCAAGCUGGCCCUCAUGCAAUCCCCCUGUGAUAAUGUGAUGCAGAAUGGGUACUCUUCACUUUUAUCAUUCACUGUGAAUGACAUUAACUGUACAGUAACAAAAUUAAUGGCAUUAGGAGCUGAACUGGAUGGUCCCAUUAAAUAUGAAAUCCACGGCAAGGUUGCUGCCAUGAGAUGCGUUGAUGGCCACAUGAUUGGUCUCUAUGAACCAGCUUAACAUGCUCAAGAGAGGAGUCCCUCAGCGCAAUUGACCAAAUUGGUUUAAGUCUUUUGAAGCAAGAGAAGACAUGAGGAACUUUUCCCUCCUUUGGAUUUCCUUCAAUUAUUGCAAGUGUUUCAUCCAAAUCAAUCACAGCCGUACAGAGUGUGUAAAGAGUUGGACCUGAAAAUAAUGCCUAUAGGAGUAAGUUAUUUACUGUUGAAGAGAAGCAGCUUUACAUUUCCAUCCAUCAAUUUGUACUUGUCAUGUAGAUUGGGUACUUUGUGUCUGCUUAUUGAUCAGUUUUUGAUCCUUGUGGUAGAACAGCUGCUCUUUUUUACCUGCUUAUUGAGUUUCCAUCGUGAACCUUUAUUGCCAAACACUGGUUUCUGUUUCAAUGUAAUGGAAUUAAGUUAUAUAAUUGAUUGGGAAUUCUUUGCUGAAUAAUAACAAUAUGUGAUAAUGCAUCUGCAUGUGUCAUAUUGAAGCUUUUGCACUGCUAUUCCUUGAAAGCCAACUGGCAAAAAACAAUUUCGAGAUUCAGCUCAGCAGCCACAUAUAGAUG